AUGAAAUUGCAGCCUUUGUUAUGCCGAACUGCAUUAGUCUACCUUAGGAAGGCUAACAUUCAGAUAUAUAUAAGACGGAAUGGUCCCGCUGUUGAAACAUGCCAAAAGAGGUUUUUUUUUCUUCUUCCCUUUUCCAAUAUAUUGAAUUCAAAUCAAAAAAAUAAUAUGGGUUUUUUCGAUUUUGUUAGUAGAACCAGUACUAUGGGUUUGAGGGGUCGUCCUCUUAGACUUACCAUUACUGCAGUUGCUACUAUUGGUUUCUCGCUUUUCGGUUACGAUCAAGGUUUAAUGUCCGGUAUUAUUACUGGUGUAAAGUUUAAUGAAGAAUUUCCUGCUACUGGUGGAUCUUCCCACCACGCCGUUGUUGUACAAGGUGCUGUUGUUUCCUGUUACGAGUUAGGUUGUUUCUUUGGUGCUAUUUUUGCUCUUUUCCAAGGUGAAAAAAUUGGUAGACUUCCAAUGCUUCUCAUGGGUUCCCUUAUUAUUAUCAUUGGUACUAUAAUUUCCGUCACUGCAUUCAAGGACUCUUGGGGUCUUGGUCACUUUGUUAUCGGAAGAGUUAUCACUGGUGUUGGUAACGGUUUGAACACCGCUACUAUCCCAGUUUGGCAAUCUGAAUUGUCCAGGGCUGAAAACAGAGGUAGAUUGGUUACUUUGGAAGGUGCUGUCGUUGCAGUUGGUACUUUCAUUGCUUACUGGUUAGAUUUUGGAUUAACCUAUGUUGAUUCCUCUAUUCAAUGGAGAUUACCAGUUGCUGUUCAAAUCAUCUUCGCCUUGAUUUUAUUCGUCGGUGCCCUCAGUUUACCUGAAUCUCCAAGAUGGUUAAUUGCCCAUGACAGAAAGGAAGAAGCUUACUAUGUUUUAGCAGCUGUUAAGGACUUGGAUCCAGCUGACGAUGAAAUUUAUGCGGAAGCCACUGCCAUUUCUGAUGCUGUCAAGAGAUUCUCCAAAUCUCAAGUUGGUAUGAAGGAUUUAUUGACCGGUGGUAAGACUCAACAUUUCACCAGAAUGGUCAUUGGUUCUUCUACUCAAUUUUUCCAACAAUUUACUGGUUGUAACGCUGCUAUUUACUACUCCACUGUCUUAUUCGAAAAGAUGAACUUAGGAAGAACCAUGUCUUUGAUUAUGGGUGGUGUUUUCGCUACCGUUUACGCCUUAUCUACUAUUCCAUCAUUUUUCUUAAUCGAUAGAGUGGGUAGAAGAAACUUGUUCCUUGUUGGUGCUGCUGGUCAAGGUAUUUCCUUUAUCAUCACCAUGGCUUGUUUAGCUCACGAAAACGUCAAUACUCAAAAGGGUGCCGCUGUUGGUAUCUACUUGUUUAUUUUCUUCUUUGCUUUCACCAUCUUGCCAUUACCAUGGGUAUACCCACCAGAAAUCAACCCAAUGAGAACCAGAACUUCCGCUGCAUCCGUUUCCACUUGUACUAACUGGCUCUGUAAUUUCGCGGUUGUUAUGUUUACUCCACUUUUUGCUGCUCAGUCACAAUGGGGUCUUUAUUUGUUCUUCGCCCUUGUUAACUUUUCUUUCAUCCCAGUUAUCUUCUUUUUCUACCCAGAAACUGCCGGAAGAAGUUUGGAAGAAAUUGAUAUUAUCUUUGCAAAGGCUUACACUGAUGGUAGACCACCUUGGAGAGUUGCCGCCACUAUGCCAUACUUAUCUGUCCAAGAAGUUGAAGAUGAAGGUACCGCUUUGGGUCUUUACGAUGAUGACUUUGAAAAGGAUAACGUUGAAUUUAAGGAAGACAUUAACUCUUCCAGUAGUGGUCCACUCGCCUCCGGUGUCUUAGAAAAGCCAGAUCCAGUUGAAGAACCAACUGACUCGUCUUCUAGACAAGCUCAAGUUUAA